AUGCUUCUUUUCAACCUCCUCCACACGUUUCUCCUCUUUUCCGUCGUCGCCGGCCUGAACCGCCACCUCGUGGUCCUCAAGGCCUCCGAGACCCUCGAUCUGUUCAUGAAAUACGAUCUUUCCGUUCCCAAAGCCCACAGAGCUCGAGAGUUCAUAGGAAAGCAGUUCCAGAUCGGCAAUCUCCACGGGUUUGUGGGCAAUUUCCUGGCGUCUGUUCUAGAAAGACUCAAGCGGUGCCCCAUGGUCGCCGAAGUCACUCCCGAUAUCGAGAUUCUGGCUUUUCAGGUUGUAGAGCAGCACAAUCCACCUACACACUUGGCACACCUUUCCAGCCGGGACAAACGGGUCACGCAGUACAGACAGCAGCCGUACUACUACGACGACGAGGAAAUGGGGAAAAACGUCAACGUGUACAUUGUGGAUCUGGGGAUGGCGCUUGAACAUGGCGAGUUUGAAGGUCGAGCGUUUUUUGGAAAAGACUUCACCAACGAAGGCAGUGGCGAUACCAACGGGCACGGGACGCACGUUGCUGGGAUUGUUGGGUCUGCUACGUACGGCGUGGCAAAAAAAGUCCGGCUUUUCGAAGUCAAAACCUUGGAUAAGCAGGGCCAGGGCACACUUUCUGGGAUUCUAGGAGCCAUGGAGUUUGUGGUGACCCACCGGCGCCGGGCCAAGGUUCCUGGGGUAGUUAAUCUUUCCCUUGGAGCGGUGAAAAACAGCAUUUUGAACAGGGCCGUGGAUGCUGCUGCUGCUACUGGGGUAGUGGUGGUAGUAGCAGCUGGAAACACCAAUGAGGAUGCCUGUCGAACCUCCCCAGCGAGUGCCAAAGGUGCUAUUACCGUUGGCGCUGUGGACGAGCUGACGAUGUCCUUGGCGGAGUUUCUGAACUGGGGCAGUUGUGUCGAUUUGUACGCUUCUGGCGUGGAGGUGUCUUCUGUGGAUCCACACGGUGAGGAAGCCCAGAUUCUUACCGGGACGUCCAUGGCGGCGCCUGCUGUGGCUGGAGUGGCGGCAUCUUUGCUUUCUGGCGGGAUUUCGCCGUAUGACGUGAAAAAAGAGUUGGUUUCGUUGGCGGUGGAUUCGAUGAUUCCGCUGAAGAAGGCGAGAAACCGGGUUUUGUACAACGGGAUGGACCCGUGGAGAAACUACAAGCGGUUGAAACAGUACUUCGAUGAGAACUAUGAGGAUCUUUAUUGGGCCGAGGAUGCGCUUUACCUCGAAAGGAAUUCCAGAGAUUUCGAGGCCAGAGCACGCAUCAUUGACCAGAAUGCUGAAGAGGUUGUCUAA